AUGGAAUUUUCGAUCGUUCGCUUGUUGCUAGACCUACUGCAGAAAGGUGGAAUCCCAGUGUGUAUCAUAGGUGAACUUGCUCCCAACUACUACAAUGCACCGCGUAUAGUUCAUGACCUUGAACUCUGUGUACGUGAGGACGACCUUGCAGCCGCUGCGUCGAUAUUUACAUCUACGAAGCUACUUAAUAUCGCGGAGGAAGGUGAUUAUAAUAUCUACACAGAAUAUAAGAGGGGGUUUCCUCGAUUCCGCUCUCGCUCCGAACCAACCCUCUAUAUCGUCCUAUUUACCGAUCAGUACUAUGGCCUGAAUCCCCUACAAAAGAAUAUCAUCUCUCGCAAGGAACAUCAGGAGUUUCAGGGAUCCUACAGCAAAGAGAUACUCGAUUCUAUGUCUGCUGACCAGAUUGCGACUCUGCCACUGCCGCGGUUUGCACCGCUGUUCAUAGGGCUCUGUAGCACCUAUGUCAAGACAAGGGAGGUUACGGCUGCAAUCGCUGCGGAAAUGUUUGUUGACGGUAUGGACAUCGACAAGGACUGGUGUCAUGUUCAUUUCCUGUCUUCUCACCCGGACGUGCUUAGCUUUGCAUUAAACCUCGUAAGAGGGAAAGCCUCCCGAAUUGCAGAUUUCUCGAUGAAUGAAGUGACAUGUUUCAUCGCUAAUAAGCAGGAACUACAAGAUAUUCGAAAAGUUCCUGGUUUUUCGCAACUAUCAAACUCCUCCACUGCUUAUAUGUAG